CAGGAGCACCGACUGCCGCGGUUGCACGCUGCCUCUCCAAAGCCAGCAGCGUCGCGUCGGCGUCCACCGACACUUUCCCCCCACCGCUGUUCAACGAGAAAGAGCACCCGGGCGCGCGUAACGUCGACAGUGCUCGCGCGUGACGCCGCCGAUACGUCGGCCAGGGGCCGCAACGCCGUCUGGUGCUGCCGCCACAACGGGAUUACCGCGGCUCGUCCGCGAGCACCAAUGACACGGGACGACAGCGGUGAAUUUUCCUCGCGCACGUGCUCCGGAUGUUAUGUCGACUACAUUAUCCUCCUCUCCCUGCUCAUCCUAAUGUGACUGAAGCGCCGACACCUUCUCGACACCAGCGUUGCAGUGGAGUGCCUCGGUUGUAAACCCCGCCACCGUCACCAUUGUUCCUAGCGACUGAAAACUGUUGUGAUCACGUGUCUUUCGAACAGUGUAAUUCGCGUCGAAGUCGCUGUCGCGCACCGAAACUGUCACUGCAGAACAACGGCACCUUGCGAAGAAGUGUUACGCCUGCUUGCAACACAGGUGGCGCUGUUCCGUGCUACGGAAACUGGUUGUCUUUUACAGUCACCGCGCUAACGUGACGUGAGAUCUCGUGCACGAACGUGACGGACUGUGCGCGUCCUCUAUUGAGAACGUCGACUAGCCAUGCUGGACCGCUGUGGAUUUCCGCUUCCACCAGGGAUGAAUAACUUCGUGACGCCCGUGCUUCCAAGGGAUAAUCUUCGGCCCGGACAAAACCCCUACACUUGGCAAGUUACCAGGAAUCGGGAAGCUGCUUGGCCAAGUAGAUAUCGGGGUUCCGUCAAGCAGGAUCUGGACAGCUACAUGGAGCGGAACGGCGAUUGGGCGCAACAGCGGCUCUCCGAGGCGAGCGCCCAGCAAAAGGCUCGCCGCGAGAGCGCCUCGCAAGUGGACGAGUUCUUCGAAGACCACCAGGUCGAUCCCUCGGCGGACGGUGGCAUAAACGCGUCGUCGUACGCCGCGUACGCCUCCUCCUCAUCCCCCGCGGCCUACCUUAGCCGCCACCAUGGGUACCCUGUGCAAGCGACAGCGCACGUGCGGACUGACUACCGGCUCUACCCAUCGGUUGCGCCCAAGUCUGAGGACAUGUUCGCCAAGCCCAACCCACCCCAGCCACAUCAACAACACCUUCACCACCAGCCGCCCGCGCUUCCUGCGGGCUCCCUCAACAUGUGGCAAGACAUCUCGGCAUGCAUCAACACCCGCGAUCAGGACAUCUCGGCUGCGCCUUCUCAUUCGGUGGACGUCGUGCCCAUAGUGAAAACCGAAGGAUCCGUGCUGGCGCCCUGUCAGUAUGGGACCGUAGGCAGGCAAGGGCUGGAGGCCUCGUGUUAUCCCAGCGGUGGCUACUCGCCUCAGGGCGCCGCCGCGGCACCCCCCACAAACUUCAAGCUGAUGGUCGGGGGACCGCAUUUCUCCAUGGCACGGGUGUCGUGCAUGCCUCCAACGCCGCCCAAUUCGGAGCCCGGGAGCCCGUCCACCGACGGAGUCCCCUUGGGUGGAGCGUCUUCGACGCGGAGGACGCCGCCGCCGCCGUACCCGGCCGAGUGCCCGCCGUCGACGUCCACAGGCGCCAGCGGAACGGAGCCUCCUCGGCCCAAGUACAACAAGCGAAAUAACCCCGAGUUGGAGAAGCGACGGAUCCACCACUGCGACUUCCAAGGUUGCAGGAAGGUGUACACAAAAAGCUCUCAUCUAAAGGCCCACCAAAGGAUACACACUGGUGAGAAGCCAUACCUCUGCCAAUGGGACGGUUGCAACUGGAGAUUCGCUCGUUCCGACGAGCUGACGCGCCACUACCGGAAACACACGGGCCAGAAGCCGUUCAAGUGCCUAAUCUGCGAGCGCUCAUUCGCCCGCUCCGACCACUUGGCGUUGCACAUGAAGAGGCACCAGCCCAAGAACAAGUGAUCCUCGCGAGCACCAGCAGAGCGCUCUUCGUAACAACGAGCUGCACACAUCGACUCGCGGAGCGCGCCUGCGCCGCCCGGACGCAACUUGCGAAGACCCCAAGUUCUUCGUCGCCCGCGUUCUGUCGCUUCCAUGACUUUGUAGUGUACGUGCGAUCCAGAAAAGCUUGUGGAAGUGAACAUUACGGGAUCCCCCCCCCCCUUUUUUUUUACUGAUAGAGCCAGUGACGCGCCUCAUCGUGCAUACCUUGUCGUUGUCGCAUCGUAGUUAUGACGUGUGCGGUUGGUGAUGUGGCCGCCUCACGAGAGAGACUGCAAAAUAUCAAGCUCGUCACUCGACAAAGUUUUUGUUCCUGCUGGUGGUGCCCCUCCGCGCUCCAGGCGUUAUCCUGGGGAUUUUUGUUCUUUUUUUUUUUUUUUUUUUUUGCUGAAUUCAUCAAGUGCCAUGUCGGUUGUUUCGCGCAGCGCGCGUUGUGUUUCGAGAAAAGCGCGGCGCUGCGUUUUGUGUUGCGCGAGAAGAUAGGAGUGUGUUAACCCCCCACGGUUACGUUUCCUGCUCUUCGCGGCCGUGUCCCUUUAUUGAAUGUUGUUGUUCGUUGUUUGUUUGGUUGUUGAGUCACGUUCAUUCACGAAUUCGUCACGAGUCAUUUCUCUUUUUCUCAUGCGCGGGCCCCCUAACGAAAAUAUGUACUCGUGCCAGAGAGCUGACCGCACGCUUCAGACACUGCUUACGAGUGCCUAGAUUUUUUUUUUUUCUGUUAGUGCGCAGCAUUCUUACUUUGUUGACGAGGCUCUUUUCCAAGAAAGUGGUACAAGAUCUCCCGAUUUCAUUUUUUAAUGUAAAGAUUUAGUUCACCUAGAGAAAGGCCGAAGACGUAAAAAAAAGAAAAAAAAAACGACACAGAAAGUCCAGAACAUGCUUUGUAACACGUCUUUCUUGAAUUAAUUUUAUACAGAUGGACGGAAUUGCUCACGAUGUGCCUGUAAAUAAUGCAUGCGAAUUCGUACAAAUUUUCAGUCGCCGUUCCAAACGAGCGAUUCAUGCAUGAAGCUUUUUAUCGUGCCAUAUACAUUGCCAGCGUUGUUGGCAGGCCUGCUGUUUCAUUCGCAUUACGAUGCGGGUUUCUUUCCUCUUGUUAUUCUACUUUUGCCACCGGAGAAAAUCGGACAUCGUCGAAUGUAUCAUCGGAGAAUGUUUUUACCUGUAACGUACAUUUCCCAGUAUGCAGCAAUAACCGUUCUCUCCUCCCACCUUUGUUCAUCGAUCGAUCUAUUCGAUGGCAUUGGAUUUCCCGCAUCGUUUGGUUGCGAGGAAACGGAACAAUUUAAAAGUCAUACUAGCGCACACGUACGCACAAUAACUACCACCACUUAUUGUCAACGUGGAUAACUGCAGUUCUGUUAAUUGUAUUUGUUAGUGUAGAAAGAGGGACAAAAGAAAGAGGGGAGGGAACGGCAUUGAUUUCAAGUUGGCUUUGUUCUGUUACCUGCACUACGCGUGCGGAGGGGAAUGGGAGAGUAGAAAGGGAAAAAAAAGGAAAAAAAUUAAUGUAUUAGCCCUAAUGUGUGAGCCUACAAUAUGAGUGAAUUGCUACAAAGCUUACGAAGGCUUUGCUAUACACAGCGUGAAAAAAAUGCGAAAAACCAAGAAAAGGAUUAAGAGAGGCGUCGUUGACGACAGAUUAUUUCUAGUUGCCUCAGAUAUGCAUUGAUGGGUGCAGCUUACAGAAUCAUAGUAUCGUUACACGAAACGUAGUUAAAGAGUUGGAUACCGAGUACAUUUCUUUGCUUUACCACGUAGAGGUCCAGCAUUCAAUUUAGUCGAGCUCGCGUAGAAUAGAAAUACGUGCAAUGGACAGAAAUAGCGCUGAAAUUGCGUCUUCAUUGCCUGACGUUAGCUUCCCGUGUUUUUUUCUUUUUGUUUUUUUUUUCCUUUCUUCCUAUCAAAGGCGCCUUCCGUCGCCUGAUGCGAAAAUUGUUAUGUUCGAAACUAUCUAAACAGCCCCCGGGUUCAUGUUGUAAAAAGGCGUUUAUACACCCAGCAAACAGUGUCAGCAUAAUAGAACAUUCCGCGCGCUUAGUCUUGGCUCUGAACGCUAAAAAGGUAUCAAAACUCCCCCGGUUUUUCGUUUUGUUUUGUUUUGUGUGUGUUUUUUUUUCGUUGUGGUGCGGCUGCUGCAUUACGGCACAACUUAGAAAGCAAGCAGACAUUGAGCCAUGGUGAUAUUCCGUGCAUUUAUCAAAACAGGUGCCUUAUGAAUGUUCAUAUUAGCUAGUUCGAAAAAACAAGGAAAAUGCAGAAAAAGAAAUUGAAAAUAAAGAAUAAGCGUGCCUUUCUUAGCAGUGGCCUUUCUUAAUGAACUGCGAGCAUAAAGAUGCACGGAGAGAAAUACCGUGCGUCCGCCGCGGUGGUAUAGCGGUUACGGUGCUCGGCUGCUGACCCGAAGGUCGCGGGUUCGGUCCCGGCCGCGGCGGUCGCAUUUCGAUGGAGGCGAAAUGGUAGAGGCCCGUGUACUUGGAUUUAGAUGCACGUUAAAGAACACCAGACGGUCGAAAUUUCCGUAGCCCUCCGCUACGGCGUCUCUCGUAAUCAUAUCGUGGUUUCGGGACGUAAAAUCGCAGAUAUUAUUAUAAAUACCGUGCACUCCAUAGACUGAUGAAUGUGAAGUGCCUUUUGACAACGAUGCAAAAAACCUACCCGCCUGUUACCCACCAUCGUGCCUGAAUGUUCUUUAUCAUUGUAAAUUAAUUAUCAUCUCUCGUUGAGCGUACUUAAAAGAAGGGAACACGAGAACACUGCAACUUGCCUGUUUCUUUGAGCGUGUUGUUUCUGAAUCACCAUGUACGCCCGCGAGGCAGGCUGGGAGUGAGUGACGUGUACAAUUUCCUCGAGAGUGCUCAAAAUGAACUGUAGUUGUGGAUGGUAUUUUAUCUGUUAUGCUCAAUUGUGUUUUUUUUUUUUUUUGUCUAAGUGCCAUACGUUUUAUACUGUACAUUGAUUGCGUUUAAUGGGUCAACGGUCAGAUAAGGCCACAGAGCACCAUUGUAAUGUACAUAGCUUUGCAGAGAAGAACUGAGAUGUUUGCGCACAAGGCUGGGACGGGGCCUGCGAAGGCGAAGGUGGUGCGGCUACGCAAUUGUUGGCGCCAGUGCGUUGAGCAAAUAAAUAUUUACUGGCUCACAGUUGCGCCUCGUCGCGAGCGCUGUAAAAUAUUGCUGUAAAAUUCUGCAAGUGAAUAAACCAAAAGUGCCAUCUUUUUU